GGCGGCGGGCACCGAGUCACCAGGUACAACCGUGGGCUCCGAGUCAACUGGGAUGACCGCUGGCACUGGGUCAGACAUUGGAUCGUCUGGCUGGACAGCGGGCAUCGGGUCACCAGGCAUCAGGUCAUUUGGCUCGACAGCGGGCACCGCGUCAUCUGGCAAGGCAGUGGGCUCCGAGUCAACUGGUAUGACCGCGGGCACUGGGUCAGACAUUGGAUCGUCUGGCUGGACAGCGGGCACUGGGUCACCAGGCAUCAGGUCAUUUGGCUUGACAGCGGGCACUGCGUCAUCUGGCAAGGCAGUGGGCUCCGAGUCAACAGGCACGACAGUGAGCACCGGGUCAUCAGGUACCGGAUUGUCUGGCUCGACAGCGGGCAUCGGGUCACCAGGCAUCAGGUCAUUUGGCUCGACAGCGGGCACCGGAUCAGGUACCGGAUCAUCUGGAUCAACAGCGGGCAUCGAGUCAACUGGCCUAAUAGGAUCGUCAGGCUGGAUCAGUUCAUCAUGCUGGGUAGAGGCAUCAGGCCGAGUAGAGGCUUCAGGCCGAGUAGAGGCUUCAGGCCGAGUAGAGGCAUCAGGCCGAGUAGAGGCAUCA